UCUACCACUACUGCGGCGAUUCGUUAGAGCACGUCUCCUUCUUCUACAUCUCACGCUCUUCUACGUCUCCUUCCUUCUGCGCUCGACACAGGAGAAGACUUCACGCGGCGAAAAGCUCUUGAUUCGAAGCUAAAGCGAUUCUUUGCUGUCGCGCUCUCCUCGGCCGCUUCCGGAUUCGAUCGAUCGGAGGAGACGGCGGCGGCGGCGGCGGGGCUGCGGGGCAGGAUGGGGGAGGGGAAGCUAGGGCUGGUGCUGGCCGUGUGGCUGCUGCUGUGGGGCGCCUGCGCGGGGAGGUUCGUGGUGCAGAAGAACAGCCUGAAGGUGACCAGCCCCAGCUCGAUGAAGGGCGCGUACGAGUGCGCCAUCGGGAACUUCGGCGUCCCGCAGUACGGGGGCACGCUCGUCGGCACCGUGGUCUACCCGCGGGCCAACCAGAAGGCGUGCAAGGGCUUCGAGGGGUUCGACGUCAGCUUCAGGCAGAAGCCCGGCGGGUUGCCGGUCUUCGUCCUCGCCGAUCGCGGAGAUUGCUACUUCACGCUGAAGGCGUGGAAUGCCCAGAAUGGUGGAGCCGCUGCCAUUCUUGUUUCAGAUGAUAGAGUAGAACCGUUGAUCACCAUGGACGUUCCCGAAGAAGAGAAAGCUGAUGCUGAUUAUGUUGAGAAAAUCACUAUUCCAUCGGCCCUUAUUAGCAAAAACUUGGGUGAUAGCAUAAAGAAAGCUUUGUCUGAUAAUAAUAUGGUUAACAUCAAUCUGGAUUGGACUGAGGCUCUUCCUCAUCCUGAUGAGCGGGUCGAGUAUGAAUUCUGGACAAAUAGCAACGAUGAGUGCGGGCCAAAAUGCGACAGUCAGAUUGACUUUGUUAAGAACUUUAAAGGAGCAGCGCAAAUUCUUGAGCAGAAAGGGUAUACUCAGUUCGCCCCUCAUUAUAUAACUUGGUACUGCCCAGAAGCCUUUAUUUUGAGCAAACAGUGCAAGUCACAGUGCAUCAAUCGUGGGAGAUACUGUGCUCCCGAUCCGGAGCAAGAUUUUAGCGUUGGAUAUGAUGGAAAGGAUGUUGUAGUUCAGAAUUUGCGUCAAGCUUGUUUCUUCAAAGUGGCAAACGAAAGUGGAAAGCCAUGGCUUUGGUGGGACUACGUGGCUGACUUUGCAAUCCGCUGCCCAAUGAAAGAGAAAAAGUACACAAAGGAAUGUGCAGAUCAAGUAAUAAAGUCUCUUGGUGUUGAUCUCAAGAAGAUAGAUGAAUGCAUAGGCGACCCUGAUGCUGACGUGGACAAUCCAGUUCUUAAAGCUGAACAAGAAGCACAGAUCGGCAAGGGUGCUCGUGGAGAUGUAACUAUUUUGCCGACUCUUGUCAUAAAUAAUGGACAGUAUAGAGGUAAGUUAGACAGAACAGCAGUCCUGAAGGCCAUCUGCUCUGGUUUCCAGGAGACCACUGAACCGGCUAUUUGUCUUAGUCAAGAAAUUGAGACAAACGAGUGUUUGGAGAACAACGGUGGCUGCUGGCAGGACAAGGCCACUAAUAUUUCUGCAUGCAAGGAUACAUUCCGGGGAAGAGUAUGUGAAUGCCCUAUAGUGCAAGGUGUGAAGUUUGUUGGUGAUGGUUAUACUCACUGUGAAGCUUCUGGAGCGUUGCGCUGUGAAAUCAACAACGGGGGAUGCUGGAAGGAUACGCAAUAUGGCAGGACGUAUUCUGCUUGCAUUGACGAUCACACAAAAGGCUGCAAAUGUCCUCCUGGAUUUCGGGGAGAUGGAGUCCACUCUUGUGAGGAUGUGGACGAGUGCAAAGAUAAAGUGGCAUGCCAGUGCCCGGAAUGUAAAUGCAAGAACGUCUGGGGUAGCUAUGAGUGCAGCUGCAGUGGUGGUUUAUUAUACAUGCAAGAACAUGACACGUGUAUCGGUAAGAACACUCGUACCGAGUAUAGCUGGGGCUUCUUCUGGACUAUUGUUUUGGGUUUGGCUGCUGCCGGAGUUGCGGGAUAUGCUGUUUACAAGUACAGAAUCAGGAGAUACAUGGAUUCUGAGAUAAGGGCGAUCAUGGCUCAGUACAUGCCCCUGGAUAAUCAGGGCGAGAUACCUAGUCAUACUUAUGCCUCCCGCGGGAACAUCUGAAACUACGAAGUCUCUCGUCGCCUAAUUCCAUACCCUCCCCAUGUCAAAUUGACUGCUAGUGGUCUUGCAGUCCGAUUGACCCUGUGCUUGUAGAUCAGCAGUGUCGCAGGCGACGAGGCUGCUUUUCGGUCAGCAUAUAACGGUUUAAUUAGAAGACAGUUUCAGUUUUGGUCCUAUUAAUGUAAAUGUCUAACCGUUAUCUGGCUUUACACAGAUUCAAGCGAUACGACAAAUCAUCCUAGUCUAACUAGCAAAAUAAUGGUCUCGCUUGUGAUAUGUCGAUCCUGUACUUUCUCUCAUUGGGUUUCCCGGGAGCGUGAUUCUUUUCAACUUCUGUCCAUCUUUGUUGUGGUAGGCUUUAA